AGAUCGAAAUGUUGCGUUCAGUUAUCAAUUUAAUGCGAACAUGUGCACAAGUGGCGUGUCAGUGGAAUAAAACCCACAAUUUGUAACAACAAAUAUUACAAUUACAUGCAUACAACCGAACGAAAUAUUAUUGACAAAAAUAGUAGAGGAAGUGUCGACCACAAAUCACGGCGCAGGAACAAGUGGCACAAAACAACAAAACCCACCAUAGACCGCAGCGAAAAUUUAGUUACUUUGUAUAUGUUGAAAAUGAUGAAUGCAACCGAAUCGGUCGGAUAUACCACCACAGCGCUGAAACUGAUAUUGUUGCUUAACUUGCUGUUGUUCGGUACUAUGAACGUGUUUACUACCAUAGAAAUGAGCGAAGCUGCUGCUAUAGCCAACCACAAGGACAUAGAGGCAACAGGCGACCAAAUAUUAGGAUAUACGCGUAACUGGCGCUUAAUCACGCGCGCCGAAUGGGGAGCACGCACGCCCACCUCAAGCACCAAUUUCACCGGCCCCGCACCAUAUGUUAUCCCACAUCAUUCCUAUCAGCCGGACGUUUGCCAGACCGAGGAUGCUUGCAAAGCAGCGAUGCGCUCCAUGCAGAACUUCCAUAUGAACAGUCAUGGUUGGCCGGACAUUGGCUACAGUUUCGCCGUUGGCGGUGACGGCAAUGUGUAUGAGGGGCGCGGCUAUGAGGUGGUCGGUGCACACGCACCCAACUACAACAGUCGCAGUAUUGGUCUACUCUUAAUUGGUAAUUUUAUGGAUGAGCUGCCACCGGCGCCAAUGUCGCAAGUGACACAAGAUUUUAUUAAAUACUCGAUAGAGGGUGGUCAUCUGCGUGACGAUUUCAUUUUGUAUGGUCACCGACAGGUGCGCAACACCGAGUGUCCCGGAAAUGCGUUGUAUGCGGUGAUCCAGAAAUGGCCCCACUGGCAGGACCGCAAUUGACAAACGCCGCAAUCGAAAACGGCAGAAACGGAAAUUUUUUCCAUGCUUUCACAAUAACCUCAUAAACAUGAUGACAACUCUCUCUAACCACGGCUCUCUAAAACGGCUGCCUUAAUAACAUACUAUAGGUAUACAAAAGAGAAUGACGAUUGUAUUUGCAAGACAUACCAAAGUUCGCGUUGGCCGUUAUUAAAAGAGCGUAAAUGCAAACCAGUACUGGUGUUCGGUGCACUAGUAAAACCAGAACCGAACCAGUUAUACAGAAGUGUCUUUUGCUACGGCUAAAAAAGAUAAGAAACGCGAUAAGAAUUUUUAAAUGCCAGGCGUCUGUGCUCUCCUAUAAAUAUACUGUUAUAGCAAUAAACUAAAUAUUGAUAGGUAAAAAUGUA